UUACGGUACAGCUUCCUCUGUUUCAAUCUCGGUCUUUCACCGUAUAAGCUGGUCGCUAGCUUUAGGCAUGGCUAUGGCUCUUCCGCUCGGGAAACUAACCGUCCUCAUCGGUGCAGGGCUUGUUGGGUCUGUGCUUGCUAAAGACGGGAGCUUACCAGUUGUCUCGAGCCUGGUCUCUGGUGCUUUUAAGAUUGUAUUCAAGCAACUGAAACAAGAGGAACCUAGCAAGUCUCGGAAUGAUACGGCACUUGUAGCUCAGGUUAACAGUCUUCGGCAUGAACUGCAGCUGCUGGCUUCAAACAGGCCUAUCACUAUUGUUACCACAGAAGGAUCAGGCAGAAAGUAUGGUGUCAUCAUUAUCAUUGGGGUGAUAGGCUAUGGAUAUGUGUGGUGGAAGGGAUGGAAGCUUCCAGAUUUUAUGCUUGCGACAAGGCGCAGCUUAUCAGAUGCUUGUGAUAGUGUUGGCAACCAGAUCGAUGGUUUUUACUCAUCUCUCUCGGAUACAAAACGGGAGCUAGGUUCAGAAUUUGACAGGAUGGAUUGUACUUUGGAUGAAAGUUCAGUAAUUAUUAAACAAACAGGAAGACAAGUGACUGAGUUACGGGAUGGAACAGCAAAUAUGAAGGAUGAAGUUAGGUCUGUUUUCGAGGCUGUUGAAACUCUGGCCAGCAAAGUCUGUCGCAUUGAGGGAAAUCAGGAUCUCACGCUUAAAGGAGUUGGAGCUCUGCAUGCUCAGUGUCUCGAGCACAAAAGAAUUCAAGAUUCUAAUCAGGCGUUGCUAUCAACUUCAUCAUUGCCAGCUAUUGAGGCAGCUUCUUUGACACAUUCGUCCAGUGAGGAGACUCUAUUAUUGCCUCCUGCUUCACCCCGUGAAUCCCAAUCAUCACCUUCAACCCCUAAUGGAGCUCAACAGUCACAUGGUCCACUUCAGCACACUCAAUCUAUUUCUGGUUUGAAGGACAUAACUGAAAGCUCUAGCACAGGAAAUGGUAUAUCGGGACAGCUUGGUAGGUUCUCAGUGCCAAGAACAGUGAGGACUAUUAGUGCGGUCAACACAGUGCCUACUAACUGAAGAGAAGAGUUUGUUCAUUCCGAUACUAGGCUAAGUUGACAAGUGUAUAUAGUAUAGAUGAUUUUUGCUGUGUUUGCAAGUGCAUGGAGACAAUGCUAUAGAUGGUGCACAACUUUUGUAGGGAUAGAGCUUUUUUUUUUUUUUUUGGGUCAAGUAGGGAUAGAGCUUAUUAUUCAAUUGCGUUAUAUGUUACAGUUAUGGUUCGCUGCUUUCU